AUGGAAACCCGUGGUAUCAUUUUGAUAGUUUGUAGUGGAAUCUUUGUUUUGACUAUUAUCCUGACAGUCACUAACGAGCCCAUCAACCAGAAAAGCAGAGAUGCUGGUGGAUUCACGUUUUAUCCAGCGGCUGCAUCUCUCCCUCCCGUCUCUAGUUCCGCACAUCACGGCUGUAAGAUGAAACAGACAAGAAGCAAUGGUAUUGGUGGUGGUCUCAUGUUUCUCUCGGCUGCGUCAGUCACAGCCUCCGUUUCUAGCAAUCAAGGAUACGGUGGUGGAGGGGGACAUCACGGUGGUGGCGGUGGUGGCUGUGGAGGAGGACAUCACGAUGGUGGCGGUGGCGGAGGCGGCGGAUGUGGUGGUGGAUAA